CUGUCUCCCACUACGAUUGUCUAUUCGCCAUGCUCCCCCUCCUCCGUGCCACCACCAUGACCGCCCGCCCCGUCUCCGCCGCCGCCGCCACCAGGCUCAGCACCGUCGCCCGCCACCUCUCCACCUCCGCCCCCGUCCACCGCGAGAUCCAAAAGCUCACCGUAUUCGGCGCAGGCCUCAUGGGCGCUGGUAUAGCCCAAGUAGGUGCGCAGAGUGGGAUGAAGGUCGUUUUGGCGGACGUCACCCAGAAAGCACUCGACAACGGCCUGACAAUCAUCUCUAAAUCGCUCUCCCGAGUCGCCAAGAAGAAGUCGCCCGACGAUAUCGAAGGCUUCACUUCUGAAAUCCUCAAAAACAUCUCCACGACGACUGAUGCGGCUGAAGCGGUGGAAGAUGCUGAUUUGGUGGUGGAAGCGAUUAUUGAGAGUAUCAAGGUGAAGCGCGAUCUGUUUGGGUUCCUUGAUGGCAAGGCCAAGGCAGACUGUAUUUUCGCAACCAACACGUCGUCUCUAUCGGUCACUGAGAUCGCAGAAGCCUGCAGCCCCGAACGUCAGGCCAACUUUGCAGGCCUCCACUUCUUCAACCCCGUCCCAGCUAUGAAGCUCGUCGAAGUCAUCAAAACCUCUUCCACCUCCCCCGCCACAUUCGACGCUCUCCGCGAGGCUACCAUCCGCAUGGGUAAGAGCCCUGUGACUUGUACGGAUACACCCGGGUUCAUCGUCAACCGCUUGCUCGUGCCAUACUUAUUGGAAGCAGCGCGUAUGGUCGAACGCGGAGACGCCACAGCAGAAGAUAUCGACACCGCCAUGACCCUCGGCGCCGGUUAUCCCAUGGGCCCAUUCAAGCUCCUCGACUUUGUAGGCCUGGACACGACAUCGUAUAUCGCAGAGGGCUGGAGGGAGAAGGCCAAGGAGGCGGAUAUCCCGGAGGGGUUGGUGGCGCCUAUUCCGGUCAUUGAAAAGUUGGUGAAGGAAGGCAAGUUGGGGAGGAAGAGUGGGGAGGGGUUUUACAAGUAUGACCAAGAGAAGAAGUAAUCAUGUAGCGAUUAGAAAUGUAUAUGUACAAGUACAUGAAUUGAUUGAUACAACUAUGCUACAACCUCCAUUCCUCUUCGACUACACUUGCAUGUUACAGCACUAGAACCCCCACAUGCUCGCCCCCUUUUGCGCCUCAUUCCUCUCCUUGUUCUCCGCCAGCAACUUUGACAACCCGCUCUUCUUUGGUUUCUUCUUCUUCUUAUCCGCUGCCCCUGUCAUGGGCGGUGGAGAGGCAGACGAUGAGUGGGAGGGUGGCGGGGCAGGAGGUUUGAAUGGUAGUGGAGGUGGAUACGUGGGAAGGUUUGGCGAGGAAGUAGGGAUGUGAAAAAAAGGUCUCUGAGUGAGAAGCGGUGGUGGCGGCCCUUCCACCACAUCUACAUCCAUCUCCUCCCCUUUCUCCUCCCUCUUCCCCUCCUCCUCCUUCUCCCUCUCCCUCUCCUUUACUUUUCUCCUAGUCCUCC